GGUCCACAUACCGCACAUUGCCAUCUCAGCGAAAUUACUUACAAUUGCGUAAAGCAUUAGAAUACGAGUCAGUUCACGUGCAUAAUUACCGCCCAUCACGCGUGUUCUCAUUAGCAUUUUCAUUCAUUAUUUCGCGCUUUUAUACUUAAGGUAUUUUAGUGACAAUAAAGUGUUUCGGCAAUAGUGAAAAUACAGCAGAUUUACAACAACGACUUCCUAACCGAAGUAAGUGAGAUGUCAAUACAAUGGCAUUUUAAUGCUCCCGCCUGGCCAAGUGCGGGGGGAGAGUGGGAAGCCCAGGUGAAAGGGCUUAAGUAUCAUUUACGUCGUGUGAUCGGCGAGCAGAAACUCACCUAUGAAGAAUUUUAUACGGUGUUGGCUCACAUAGAGGGAUGCAUGAACAGCAGACCACUCUGCGCAAUAUCAGAAGAUCCAGAUGAUUUGGACUACCUGACACCAUCGCAUUUCCUUAGCAGUGGUCCUGUGCUAACCAUAUUAGACACGGAACAGGACGAGCGAACAAGGUGGCAUAGAACACAAAAGAUACAUCAAGACCUGUGGAAGCGAUGGCAGUCAGAGUACCUCUGCCAACUAUCAGUCAGAAGCAAAUGGAAGCAACAACAGGAAAACCUUAAAAUCAAUGACAUUGUUAUCAUACACGAACCCAAUCUGCCAUCUGGAAAAUGGGCUAUGGGCAGAGUAGUACAGUUACAUCCGGGGAACGACGGCCUCGUCCGCGUUGUAACUCUAAGAACAAAAAGUGGGAUUAUAAAACGACCAAUCGUCAAGUUGUCGUUAUUAUCAACAGAUACAUCAUUAAGCACAGCAUAUAAAUCAAUGACGACGACACCACACCAAUCAACAAGCGACAACGAAGCCAACAAACAACAAGCACAACAAUCAAACGUGGAACCCACUGCGGAAAAGAAAAGGAAGACAAAUCCACGGAGAUCAGUCUUAUCAUCAAUGGCUUUAUCGCUAUUUCUAUUUAUGACCUUACUCACGACCGGACACUGCUACUAUAACAUUACGAAAUUGAGCAAAUCACUUUAUUUGGACAAACUAUCAAACAUGCAAGUAAUCCGAGACGAGUGGAAACUGGUCGUAUAUUACGACAUGGGCCCCUACUGGGAAGGUUCAGAAACAUUCGAAAAAUAUCUCAAGCAAAUCGACAAUGUUUGUUCUAAAACAAAAACAAAACACUUUUGUGACAUAAUAAUGUUACAAUUGCAUCAUAGCUAUAGCGAAUUACAAUAUUAUAACAGCAUGUUACUUAGUCAGCGUUUUGAAUCACAUGUACGGGAGCGUCGCGGCCUCGCGGACGGCGUAGGCUAUAUCGCAAAUAGCCUAUUUGGAAUUUUAGAUCAACGAUUUGCCGCACAAUACGAGAAAGACAUCUCUAUUGUCAAGAACAAUCAGAAACAUUUGGCACUACUAUGGCAAAAUCAAACAUCGGUCGUUGAAGCAGAAUACAACAUGCUGAAAAGAACAGAAGAAGCAAUGAACAAACAACAUAAAGUUAUCAACAAACACUUGAACAGUUUAAUCAACGCAACUAAUACACUGCAAACAGAGGUUCAAAACGCCGAAGUCAUGAAUGAAUUAGCACUCUCGGCAAUCAUCGCUAACAACAUGCUCAGCAAGUUAAAAUCGAUUCAAGAUACAUUGUUAGACACAAUAACUGACAUUCACCACGGCAUGUUUAACAUUCAUCUCCUAGCACCUGAACAGUUACGUAACGAACUAAGCAUCAUCUCAGGGCAAUUAUCUCAAGACUUAGCAUUGCCAAUCAAUAACAUACAGACUGGUAUGGCAAACAUAUAUCAUUUACUCAAGGUAAAGGCAAGAGUUACGCAGCGGUAUUUGAUGUUCGAGAUUAAAAUACCCCUGGUCAACAGAGAGAGCUUUGACCUAUACAAGAUUAUAACGAUCCCGCAACAAUAUCAAAACAAAACAGUCAGCAUUAAACCAAUAUCCGACUAUGUGGCCAUCAACUUACACAAAGAUGUGUAUCUCUCUAUGUCGGAAAAGGACAUACAACAGUGUCUACGCUAUGAAGACUCUACUCGACUUUGUCACACAAAAAAGCCAGUAUUUCAUUUCAAGCCAGAUGAAAGUCUCUGUAUCAAAGAUCAGAUCACAAACAAAUGUGAAACAACAAUCACAGCAUGCCGAAAUAGCUGGACAGAAUUAAAUAAGUUAAACACUUAUUUGUACUACUGUUGUGAUAAAUGCACUAUGCGAAUCAUAUGCGACGAUCAAGUUACUGCAACACAGACAGAAAAGGCCGGGGUAAUCGUACUCGGCCAGAGCUGCGUCAUCAAGGGCGUGGACUUCACUGUAUUAUCACAUAAGGACCAAUGGAGUGAAAUUAAGGCUACAUCAGACAUUUACACCCCAGAAAUAGCUCAGAUAAAUCAUAUUUUAAAUAUUUCACUCCCAUUAUCCGAUAUAAAUAUCACAGAUAACAGAGUUGAGCUUGAGCAAAUCCGAACUCAAAUCAAACAAAUGAAGACAGAGACAGCACUACAAGGCGACAUCUCGUACCACGACGUGCAUCAAUUCUCCAUAAUUUACCUACUACUGCUGGCUGCGCUCAUAGCAACAGGAGCAGUCAUCUGGCGCCGCUUGCGCCGUCGCCGUAGCGGAAGCGCCGAUAUUCAUUCAGCACUUCAGGAACAGACAAUAUCUACCAUCGUAACUAACACUCCACAAAUUCAACCACGAAUCCUGAGUCACUCAUCCAGGCACGAGACACCUAUUAACUUGGAAGUUAAGACGACACCCAACACUCUCAGCAUACGUAAGACGUCGAAGCAACAUAGAGGAACUUCACCCGUCUUAAAUUAACAUUACGUAUCAAGACAGUGAUCAUACGUUUUUAAAUUUAUAUUGUAUCAAUUGCUUUUAUCAUCAAAUUUGUAUCAUCCUCAUCUCUCGCUUCUCUCGUGGGGCAGCAUGUACGGUCCACAUACCGCACAUUGCCAUCUCAGCGAAAUUACUUACAAUUGCGUAAAGCAUUAGAAUACGAGUCAGUUCACGUGCAUAAUUACCGCCCAUCACGCGUGUUCUCAUUAGCAUUUUCAUUCAUUAUUUCGCGCUUUUAUACUUAAGGUAUUUUAGUGACAAUAAAGUGUUUCGGCAAUA